AUGUACAGGGGCCGUCGGCUCACCCACUACAAGUUUGAGUUCAGCCCGGAGAACCUGCUGCGUUGCUGGGAGGAGUGCAAGGUCAAGUCCGACUACGACGAGCGCCGCCGGGCCGUCGACCGGUUCAACCAGCAGAACCGCUGGAAGAAGAGGGGGAUGUCCAUCAUCCCCAUUAAAUAUGGGAUCGCAUUCUCAGAAAGCUUCCUGAAUCAGGCUGCAGCUCUGGUCCACAUCUACAAAGACGGCUCAGUUCUGGUGUCUCACGGCGGGACGGAGAUGGGUCAGGGACUCCACACUAAAAUGCAACAGGUGGCGAGUCGGGAGCUUCGUAUCCCUCCCUCUAUGAUCUACAUCAGUGAAACCAGCACCAACACCGUCCCCAACACCUGCCCGACCGCUGCCUCCUUCGGCACCGACGCCAACGGCAUGGCGGUCAAGAAUGCCUGCGAGACGCUGUACCAGCGCCUGGAGCCAAUCAGGCAGAAGAACCCCAAAGGAUCAUGGGAGAGUUGGAUUGAAGGAGCCUUCAUGCAGGGUUUGGGCCUCUACACUCUGGAGGAGUUGAAGUUUUCCCCCUCCGGGCUCCUGUACACGCGAGGCCCGUCUCAGUACAAGGUCCGGGCGGUCUGCGACGUGCCGCUUCGCUUCAACGUCUAUCUGCUGCCAGACUCCCACAACCCCCACGCCAUCUACUCCUCUAAGGGCAUCGGAGAACCGGUUCUCUUCCUGGGCAGUUCCGUGUUCUUCGCCAUCAAAGACGCCGUGGCUGCGGCCCGCCAAGACUCCGGUUUGGGCGGCCCGUUUUCUCUGGACAGCCCUGCGACGCCGGAGAGAGCCUGUCUGGCUUGUGCCUCCCCGUUCACUCAGAAGAUUCCAGCCAGCGAACCAGGAUCUUUCAAACCGUGGGCCUUAAACAUCUAAACCUGAAUCUCUGGUUUUCGUUCUAUUUGAUCAAUCAAAAGCCAGAACUGAAUGUAAGAAAGAAUAAUGAAUGUAACAAAGAAUAAUGAAUGUAAGAAAGAAUAAUGAAUGUAACAAAGAAUAAUGAAUGUAACAAACAAUAAUGAAUGUAACAAAGAAUAAUGAAUGUGACAAACAAUAAUGAAUGUAAGAAAGAAUAAUGAAUGUAACAAACAAUAAUGAAUGUAACAAACAAUAAUGAAUGUAACAAAGAAUAAUGAAUGUAACAAACAAUAAUGAAUGAAAGAAAGAAUAAUGUUUCGCACAUUUUAUUAACAUAUUAAACAAAUCGAUAUACUUUUUACUUAAUUCUUAACAUGUAUUAUAAUCACAU